GGAUCCUAAUUUAUACAACAGAGACAAACCUUACUGUGCUGUAAUGAGGUCUUCUGGAAGUAGCUCGAUGAAUGGACUAUGGAACCGAAUAACAUGCACAUCAAAUAGACAACAUAUCUGCCAAAUACCUAUCGACGAUGACCGUAGAUGGCAAGAGUUCGGUGAAUCUCAGUAUCUCAUCAAGUUCACACCUCAAGCAACGCCAAGUGCUGCCAGGGAAACAUGUCAAAGUUAUGGCGGUGAUUUGGCUAUCAUCAAGACAGCCGAAGUCAACACAUUCCUCAAAGCGCUUCUACCUACGUUAGAUUCUACAUGUAGUGAUGAAUAUUUUUGUUUCUUGUUCGGGCUUCGGAGAAGUGGCAGGGGAACUUUCUACUGGCUGGAUGAUACUGCAAUCCAGUAUGUUCUUCAUGUGUUUGUUCUGUCAAGAUCAGUCAAGAGAAGAAAAAAAAUACAUGUUGAUGAACGCCUAUGCCUUUCUAUAUUUAAUCUGUAGUUACAAUUUUCCGCGAAAUAUAUAUUUUUGAAAUGUAUCCAAUGUUCUUUAAAAUAUUAUACACUUUAUCAGCAUACUUUGAAAUAUCUAUGUUUCAGAUGAAUAUCAAGAAGACGGAAUAUAAAAAGCUCGGCUCAGCGUUACAAGAUAAUGACGUUACGACCAGAUUUCUGCUCUAUAAUGUGGCAUAAUACAUACUUCCAGUA